AGCACGAAAGCAAUGAUGGCUGGUCGAAACUCAUCAAUAAAUUCUGUGGAGAGGGUGUCCCACGAUUUAGUGAGCCGGUACACAGAACAACCGUUAAGAUUCGCUUACUACGAACAUUUUGUUACCUCUCCACCAAUGCGGCAAAGCCGUCGAGCUUCAUCAAGAGUCAAUCGUUUAGUUGUAAUAUUUAUCAUUGUUGCGUCGGGAUUCUUGCUUCUAUACAAAAAUACUCAACAAUUCACCCAAAUCGAUCGAGAGUGUAUACAAGACGAGUGGCAAGAGAACAACAACCUAGGAAAUACAAUCGACGAUGGUUCCAAUUUUCGUAUCGCCUUCACUGAUAUUCAACAAAAUUACACAUGGCUUCAUCUACCAAAUUUCUUGGAAAAUUCGGAAAUACUAAUGAUUGUUUCUUCGAAUUGUGACAAUUUCGCUCGUCGCAACAUUCUACGAAAAACUUGGAUGAAUCCAGAAAAUAGUCAAAUAAUUGGCGAUGGAAGGAUGAAGGCAUUAUUUCUGGUCGGAAUAAAUGGAGCAGACGAGAAAUUGAAUGCAGUGGUUUUGGAAGAAGCCAAAGUUUUUGGAGAUAUGAUUGUCAUUGAUUUGGAGGAUAAUUAUCUCAAUUUAUCAUAUAAGACAAUAUCCUUGCUACUUUACUCAAUUUCAAAAACAAAAUCACCCAAUCUAAUUGGCAAAAUCGAUGAAGACGUCCUUUUCUAUCCGGAUCAACUCACCCCACUAAUCAAUGAUAAAACAAUCAAUACGUCAACUUUUUCCAUUUACGGUGAGAAAUAUGAAGCUGGAGUUGCAGUUAAUCAUGGGGAAGACAAUGCAAAAUGGCAAAUUUCCAAAAACUCUUUCAAAUGCUCAGUUUAUCCAUCAUAUUUAUCGGGACCAACGUAUUUUUUGACACGAAAAGCUGCAAAACGGAUUGUCGAAGCAACAAAGCAUAGGAAAUUUAUUUCUGUAGAUGUGGAAAAAUUGUUGAAGAUGUGUUCAUUACUGGCUUGCUUGCCGGCGACGUUGGGAUCAAAAAAAAUCAACUUCCAUUUAUGUAUAUGAUAGAGGAAGCGACAAACGACCGGGAAUCUUAUGAAAUUCUGGCAUGGCACACUAAAAAGAGGGACCAACAAUAUAUAGAGGCCUUUGAAAGCCUGAAACUGAACCGUUGUAAAUCGUGUCGAAAAUCGAAAAAUCCUGAUUUAGAAGAACUUAAAGAAAAAUAGCAGAUAUCUACGUAAUUGGUAAUUUAUUUAUAUUUUGAUUCUCUGAAAAAAAUGAUCUCGAAUAAUACUAUUAAUAAAGUUUCAAGCAUAAUUUAUUUAAAAAAUAAA